GGGAGAUGUCUCCGCCCCGCCGCCGCCGCCGCACCUCGUCGCCGCCUGCCUCUCUGCCAGACGACGAGGACCUGCUCCAGGAGAUUCUCCUCCGCCUCCCGCCGCGGCCUUCCUCCCUCCCCCGGGCCUCCCUCGUCUGCAAGCUUUGGCGCCGCCUCGUCGCCGAACCCCAGUUCCAGCGCCGCUUCCGCGACCACCACCAUGGCAAGCCUCCUCUCCUUGGCUUCUUCCUCCAAGACAACAUCUCCUGCCCGUUUGUUCCAAUGCUGGAUCCACCAGAUCGCAUCCCCGGCGCUCGCUUCUCCAUGCCUCCCCACAAGCGCUACCGCAUCAUCGACUGCCGCCACGGACUUGUCCUUUUCAGCAAUCAACGGCGGUCGCCCCGCCUAUUUGUGUGGGAGCCCGUCGCCCGCGAGAAGCGCCGCCUCAGCUUCCCACCGGAGCUGGACAACGGCGAGAUGUACAUCAUCAACGGGGCGGUGCUUCGCCCUGCCCGCGGCCGUUCAAGCCAUUUCCAGGUGGCCCUGAUAGCCCAAGACAGAGGAAAUACAAGAGUUUCCGGAUGCCUUUUCUCAUCGGACACCGGUGUAUGGAGCAACAUCAAAACACUGCAGCUGGAUUUGACCAGUAGGUGUACGCCACAGCCCAGUACUUUGAUUGGGAAUUCCCUUUGCUGGUUAAUUGCGGUGCAUCAUGACCAUCCUCAGUAUGCCAUACUUGAGUUUGAUCUGGAUACGCAGAGCCUAGCCAUGACAGAGCUGCCACCACACUUAGAAGCCGGCUAUGACCAAUUAAGGAUUAUUACACCCGGGGAAGAUGGUGGCCUUGGCUUCAUCCAUCUCUCACGUUUUCGCGCGCAGAUAUGGAAGAGAAAGCCUGAUUGUGAUGGUUUGGCUGUAUGGGUGAUUGACAGAGCUAUUGAAUUCAAGGAACUUAGAUCAAAUUGCAAGGGCUACUCCCUCACUUUAGUUGGGUUUGCCGAGGAGAGUAAUGCAAUCCUUGUACUUACAGCUUCUGGCGUCUUCAUGGUAUAUCUCCACUCAAUGGAGUUUAAGAAACUUUCCAACUUGUGGGUCUUCUGUCUCCACUAUCCAUUUGCAUCUUUCUAUCCUGCAGAUAUUGGCAUUGGUGAUGGAGAUGGUGCAGGUGAAGUGUUGGACAAAAUGUGAGAUGGUUGUUUGGUGAGACAUGCUAGUAUGAUGUGAUGACUGAAAAGGUGAUGUAGCAUUAUCUCCUAGAUGUGUCCAUGGGAAUAUAUAUGCAAUUUUACAAUUUAUAUUGCUGCAUGGGCUUUAAUUUAUGAUUUUUUUCUUAUGAAAGUAUUAACUCCCUUUGUAAUUUGUAAGACAUCCACUAAUUUGCCUAAGUAAUUGAGAAGAAUGUAUGUACCAGAACAUAAGAACCCGAAUUAGUACAGUUUCCGUUAGCACACUGGUAAGUAACUGACAAGUAUCUCUAGUCAAGUCAGAUAUUGCUUUUGCUUAUAUGCGGUCAAUUUCUCAACUUGAUCACUAGUAGAUCACUAGUUUAUAUACUGUCACAUUGAUUAGGUUCAUACAAAAAAAAUCCAGGUUACAUAAAUUUGUAAUUUUAUAUGGUGAUAUUAUAUAGUGGUGAAAGACUCAAAGCUCUGUUCUGACUUCUAAUGCCAUGUGAAGUUUUAAAUGGGUUCCAUUUUGGGCUGAAAAAAUGUUAUCUUAUGAGUUGAUAAAGUAUCUGCCAACACUAGUUGCUUUGUGAGUAGUUGUACUUCAGUUUAUAAGAAGUAUACUAUGCUUGUGAUAAGCUCGAUGUUUUUUUUUCUUACUUUCUGAUGUUUUGCCAUUUAUCUCCCCAGUGAUAUUUAUAUUGCACAUGCUGUGAUAUUCUAUUUCUGUUAAGUAUUUUUCCCGUCACUGCAUUAAGGAAUCAUAUAACUGAUUGGAUUGUUGUUUAUGUAGGUAUGGUUAAGUUGCAGGUUGUCCUAUCUGUGUAGUUUUUCGUAUUUUCUGGUGUUGUGGCUAGUGAUGCUCCACUCCAUAUGAAAAUUCAUCCGUUGUAGCAUGUACUCCCUCUGUAAAGAAAUAUAAGAGCGUUUAGAUCACUAAAACUUAUUAAGUAUGAAGUACACACUUGCAGGAACGAAAUUGGUUAUCUUGUUAGCUCUCACUGUUACUCCGGUGACCAACCUCUGUAGACAGUAAGAAUUCAGACAUUUUCAGAGGCUACUUUCUCUGCAUAGCAGCUAGCAGUGAUGGUCAUUUCCAAAUCUUUCUUCUGUAUAAGGUGGUGUUUCC